GCAUAAUCCCAAAUCUGUCCAACGGAUCUGUGUUUUCUUCAUCACUUCUAUAUCAAAAUAAACUACUAUACGAUGGCUGACAUCAAGCCCCCUUUCACCGAAGAAUCGGCUCGGAAGAAGGUCAAGGCAGCUCAGAACCUAUGGAACACCAAGGAUCCCGUGCGAGUUGCACAGGCUUAUACGCCAACAUGUAUCUGGCGCAAUCGGACGUCAUUCUUCUCCGGAACAGAGGGAAUCGUUGAGUUCCUGACUGCGAAGUGGAAGAGGGAAGAGAAUUAUAGGCUGCGAAAGGAGUUGUUCUCCUUCACCGAUAACCGCAUUGCAGUACAGUUUUGGUACGAGUAUCAAGAUAUUGAUGAUGGUCUGCGUUGGAAGCGGUGUUAUGGUCUUGAAGACUGGACCUUUGAUCGAGAGACUGGAAAGAUGUGUAAGAGAAUGAUGAGCGGCAAUGAUGUGCUCAUCGGACCUGAUGGAAAUGGAGAGGGAAGAUGGUUUGUGGAGGGAGUAGAUGUCGAAGACGUCGAAAUUGGAGAGGAACAUUGGUGAAUGGCUACCUCUAAUUUUCUGCACAUCAUAAGGCCGCUGUCAUUUACUGCAUUAGCAAUAAUCCCUAUAUUUAGGGGAUCCGAGAGAAAAGCAAAGUGUUGGAAUUAUCG